AUGGCCACAGGCACGAUGGGCACAAUUGUCGAUGCUGCUAACAAGGAAGUAAAUGGAAGUACACCCAAAGGCAAGAAGGUGACCGUUGUUUUUGUUCUAGGUGGGCCAGGUAGUGGUAAGGGCACUCAGUGUGCAAACAUUGUCGAAAAUUUCGGUUAUACUCAUCUCAGUGCUGGUGAUCUUCUCCGAGCAGAGAUAAAAUCCGGUUCUGAAAAUGGGACAAUGAUUCAGAACAUGAUUAAGGAGGGAAAAAUUGUGCCUUCGGAGGUAACAAUUAAGCUUCUCCAACGAGCAAUCGAGGAAAACAGCAACGACAAGUUUCUGAUUGACGGCUUUCCUCGCAAUGAGGAAAAUCGUGCAGCAUUUGAAUCUGUAACUGGGAUUGAGCCAGAAUUUGUACUCUUCUUCGAUUGUCCAGAGGAGGAAAUGGAGAGGCGCCUGUUGAGUAGGAACCAAGGUAGAGAAGACGAUAACAUAGAGACAAUUAGGAAGAGAUUUAAGGUGUACAUGGAUUCGAGUCUUCGGGUGAUUGAAUAUUACAAUACUAAAGGGAAAGUUCGCAAGAUUAAUGCUGCUAGACCGGUUAAUCAAGUUUUUGAGGCUGUCAAAGCAGUUUUCACCACCCCACCUGUUGAAAAGGCUUGA